AUGGUACCCGGCAGAUAUGAGAACAAUUUGAACGUCAGUGAUCCUGGGCCAAGUGCAUCUAGAGGUACAGUGUCGCAAAAUGAAUCCCGACAGGCGCAGAAACGACCGUUGAGGUCGCCGGAGGAGAAAAUCCGCGCUGUUAAUAGGGUUAGGAAUGGAGAAUCCAAAGCUGCGGUGGCACGCAGCAUCAAUGUGCCAGAGUCCACCCUCAGAGGGUGGUGUAAAUCUGAACAGAAGUUAUUAUCUCAAAUAAAUAAUAUGAGAACCUUUGGAACGACACUGCCAGUAACAUCCUUGGCAGGCUAUGAACAAAUUUUAACAUCGAGUUCCGAUAGUAACAGUAGUGCAGUGGGUGGUUCCUCAUCGAGAUCGACAUCAACGUUGACAUUUUAUGCUGUGAAUAAUAAUAAUGACGAUAUGGAUAACGAGACUGCGACAAAAAUUGAUUCCGAUGUCUUGCCACCGGGAUGCAACGAAAUGGUGAAAUAUUGCGAUAAAUCGUUAGAGUGGUUGCAUCAUUAUAGUUCCCCUGUAAGUACUAACACAUACAACAACUUUCGACUACAAGAUUAG